AUGGAUUCAUGUUACCUGCCUUGGCUUCUAUUCUUUGCAGCUCCUCUUGUGACUUCAGGCUUGCCAACUCCAGAACAUUUUGUCAAAGAUACAGAUGGUGGAAUUGACCAGGACAUAUUUGAUAUCAAUGAAGAUUUGGGACUGGAUCUUUUUGAGGGAGACAUCAAACUUGUUGGGGUGAACAGAAAUUCCAUCAUUGGAGAAACAUACAGAUGGCCUCUUACCAUUCCAUAUGUUCUAGAAGAUAGUUUGGAUAUAAAUGCUAAGGGAGUGAUCCUCAAUGCCUUUGAACGCUACCGCCUAAAAACAUGCAUUGACUUCAAGCCUUGGACAGGAGAAGCUAACUACAUAUCAGUGAUCAAAGGCAGCGGCUGCUGGUCCUAUGUAGGAAACAUGCGUGUUGGGAGGCAAGAACUUUCCAUUGGGGAGAACUGCGACCGAAUAGCGACGGUUCAGCAUGAAUUUCUACACGCGCUGGGGUUCUGGCACGAGCAAUCGCGUUCUGACCGGGAUGACUAUGUCAAUAUAGUUUGGGAUAGAAUUCUGUCAGGCAGAGAACACAAUUUUAACAAGUACGAUGAUGAAGUAUCAGAUUCUCUCAAUGUCCCCUAUGAUUACAACUCAGUAAUGCACUACAGUAAAACUGCGUUCCAGAAUGGGACGGAGCCAACCAUUGUUACAAGAAUCUCAGACUUCGAGGAUGUGAUCGGCCAACGGAUGGAUUUCAGCGACUAUGAUCUCUCAAAGUUGAAUCGCCUGUAUAACUGCACUUCUUCCCUGAGCUUUUUGGACUCUUGCAGUUUUGAGCUUGAAAACGUGUGUGGCAUGAUCCAGGGUUCGGGAGAUUCUGCUGACUGGCGCCGUGUUUCCCACAUUUCCAGUGGACCAGGGACUGAUCACUCCAACAUGGGCCAGUGUGAAGGUUCUGGCUUUUUCAUGCAUUUUGACACCAGCUCUGUAAGUGUUGGAGCCACAGCAAUUCUGGAAACUAGAACUCUGUACCCCAAAAGAGGAUUUCAGUGCUUGCAAUUCUUUUUAUACAACAGCGGAAGUGAAGAUGACCAACUGAAUAUUUACGUCAGGGAAUAUUCUACAGGCAAUGUGAAUGGUAGUUUAACCCUUGUGGAAGAAAUAAAAGAAAUACCCACUGGGAGCUGGCAACUUUACCAUGUAACAUUGAAUGUGGCCAACACAUUUAGAGUGGUGUUUGAAGGACGCAGAGGCUCUGGUGCAUCGGCAGGUGGUCUGUCUAUUGAUGACAUCAAUCUUUCAGAAACACGAUGCCCUCAUCAUGUCUGGCACAUCAGAGAUGUCACACAGUACAUUGGCAACUCUAAUGGAAGUCUGUAUAGCCCUCCAUUUUAUUCUCCUAAAGGUUAUGCCUAUCAGGUGUUUUUGGAUCUAAGGUCUUCAACCAAUGUGGGGAUAUAUUUCCACUUGAUCUCUGGAGCCAAUGAUGAUCAAUUACAGUGGCCAUGCCCUUGGCAACAAGCCACAAUGACAUUUAUGGAUCAAAAUCCUGAUAUUCUACAGCGCAUGUCCAACCAGCGGAGCAUAACAACAGACCCAUUUAUGACCACCGAUGAUGGAAACUAUUUGUGGGACAGGCCCUCCAAAGUGGGACAAGUGGUGGUUUUCCCUAAUGGAACAGAGUAUAGCAGAGGUACAGGCUAUGGAACCAGUGCCUUCAUAACCUAUGGCAGACUAAGAAGCAGAGAUUUCCUAAAAGGAGAUGAUGCUUUUAUUCUACUGACGGUGGAAGAUAUUUCUCAUCUCAAUUCCACGCAAACUGAGCCAAAUCCAACCUCUAUCCCCGAAGACCUCUGCGCAAAGUUAACCUGUGAGAAUGAUGGAGUCUGCACUGUCAAGGAAGGCAAAGCUGAGUGCAGGUGUCCAUCAGGGGAGAACUGGUGGUACAUGGGCGAAAGGUGUGAAAAGAGGGGUUCAACCCGAGACACCGUUGUCAUUGCUGCUUCCUCCACUGCCGCUGUGUUUGCCGUAAUGCUAAUCAUCACCCUUGUCAGUGUCUACUGCACCAGGCAGAGAUAUCGUAAGAAGACAAGUUCAGGCACACCAGAUAGCACUCUGGAAACUCAACAUGCUUUUUGA